CAUUCCCAGUGGGAUGGAAGGCGCGCGAACUUUGGGCGCAACUGACACAAAUGGCCGUCCCUGCCAUUCUUCUUCUUCUUCUCUUUGUUCCAUUGGGCUCUUGGGCUCGAGAACACCUGCAAUUUGCACCUGGCAAGACCCUGCCUGGGGAUCUUGUUGACUACUGGGUUACUGACGCCUCUUCACAAUGUGUCUGCAGAAUCAUGUGCAUCCGUAAUAUUUCUUGCAGCGGCGUCACUGUUCAGUAUAAUGGAGCUCAGCUCACAUGUGAAUUUAGUCAUGAUGAAGUUCUCGUUGAAAAUCUUGUAGCAAGAUCGGAUGGCAAUACCUGGAUCUUUAAUGCCACUACGACUACAACAACUCCAGCUGCAACUACUACAACUACUUCUGCAACCAUAACAACUACUCCAUCGACUUUUACUUCAAAACUUACCAGUUACCAACUACAACCACCACAACCCCCACUACUACUGACACAACUACAACCAACACAGCUCCCACUACUACUGCUUGCUCAUCAUACUACGAUAUGUUUAAUGGUUCCUGCUACUACUUUCAUUAUAAUUGUUAUUGGAAUAAGGACUGGGUAA